AUGGAAAACCAGACCGGAGACGAGCGGAAGUCCAUCCUGAGGCGCACAAACUCCAUGGGAGAUAAGAAAGAGGUCCGAUUUGCUGAGAGACUCGAGCAUGACCUCGAGUCUGGGGAUCCUAGGCGGAGAGUGGUCAAGAGAUCCCUCAGCCAACCUGUUGUGGAUGCCCGCCGUCAACCCGUUGACCACGUUAGGGAUUUCAUGCGGGAGUUUUUCCGCAAGGACAAGAAAGCCCGCGAUAGCACAAGCGCCAUCGAAGUUUAUCAGAACAAGCUGUUCGACGACAGUGAUCCUCACGAAAAUUCUCUGCGGACGGGUUCCCUCCAGUCCGGGAAGAACGGAGACGUUCUCGAAGGAAUUCGCCGGAACAAGCCAAUUCAGGGCACCAGGCUUUUACAAAAAGCUUUCUCCAUCGAUCAAGACCGCAUCAUGGCACCUGAGUCGCCUUCAGCUCAUCAAUCGGAGCCGAAGCCGCUUCUUCACUCCGCGAGAACUGGACUCGAGAUCAUGCUGCAGCACGAGAAGAAAAACUUUCGUCAGUGUGAAGUUGGUGGCCCGUCACCUGAGAUCAAAAUCGACUUCGUCGAGAUCCACGGCCCGUCAGUGAAACCUAAAAGCCCCAAUUACCUCAGGAGAAUCGACAGUCGCUCGAGUUCUGACCCGGGCCCGUCGACGCAUCAGCCGGAACUCCAACGUCCGUCGAAAGCCAUGCGCGUAUCGAGUUGCACCGUUUUGACGAGCUCGAGAAACCAGCAGCUUCAAGUAUUCCCGCAUCCCAGACUCCGGAAGAGACCGCCCAAAUUAUCACAAAUGCACACAACGCUAUCCCCGGUGACGUCCGUCUCGACCGAAGAGGAGCCCAGCGAUGACGCCAAUCUGAUAGCAGCGACUCAGGAAAGGAGAGAAGCGGAGCAUCCAGCUCCCACCUCGGGAAAUCCGGAGGUUCUGUCGGAGGCCGCAGCCAGAGACAACCCAGCUCCCGAUGGAGCAGCGUCGGAUGCCCCUUUGGACGAAAGUACGGUCGGACCCGACGAGCGAGAAGGGGGGGAUCUGUCUCCGGCGGACUCCGUACCGGCAUUCCGGAGCGUCUCGAGGAUAGCAAAUCUCAACGAAGUUCUCGAAGAUGUUCUAGAGAAAAUAAAACGCUUGACAGAACCUAUAUACACAGAAGCAAGAAAUCGAGAGAACGAGUCAAAGGCGAGGUUCGAGCUUUUUUCCGAAGAUGAGUUCGAGCUUCUGGAAACGGAGGAAGCGCUGAUCGAAGAACUCGAGCAGCAGGUACGCCGUGAUUUCAGUCCUCCCGUAUCGAGUCGCGCCCAGCCGCAAGCCGAGGGCACGAGUUUCACCGAAACGACGAACGAUAAGCAAUCCAUGGAACCGGCAUUGAGGAGCGAUUCUCUUACUCCACUCGCUCCCAGUCCUCCAUCCCUCUCCGACUGGGACAGCGUCAGAUGGAUCGACGUGAGCACGGAAGACGCGACAUCCUCAUCGGGAAACCUCGAGGAAGACGAGGAAGCUGAGUCCGAAGCGGAGAGUUGCGAAGAUGCUUUCAUCCCGCUGGAAGAUGACCACACAGAGAAUGACGAAGUGACGCAUGAGAUGUUCGCUUACGACGUCGGUGGCAUCGUCGGCGAGGGCGCUCACGGAGUUGUGGUACGAGCCACGAGCAACUCGACCGGCGAGACGGUUGCCCUGAAGAAGAUCAUCCUCAAGCGUCGUCCCACUGAACCAUUUCCGAUCGACGCGUUCCGGGAAGUGAAGAGCUUGCAGUAUCUUUGUCACGAGAACAUAAUCCGACUGAUCGAGGUUUUUCCACAUGGACCGAGCGUGGUGCUCGUCCUGGAAUACGUGCCCCACAACCUUUCGGCACUGAUAUACCAUUCGGAGAAGAAGCUCCCGAUAUCCCACAUAAAAACGUAUCUCAUCCAACUUCUCAAAGGACUCGGCUACUGCCACAUCAACGGGUUGAUGCACCGAGACAUAAAACCCGCGAAUCUCCUCAUAGACAUGGAAGGCACGCUCAAGAUCGCCGACUUUGGUCAAGCGUGUCUCAUCGUGGAGAACCGUCGCUACGAGCACCAGGUUGCCACGCGCUGGUAUCGCGCACCGGAAUUGUUGUACGGCUCUCAGCUCUACGACGAAGGCGUUGAUCUUUGGGCGGUGGGGUGUGUUUUUGCGGAAAUGCUCAACUGUUUCCCGUUGUUCCGUAGCGAGAACGACAUCGAACAACUCGGCGUGGUCCUGAGCGCGCUAGGAGCACCAACCGAACAGAAUUGGCCCGGUCACACAAGACUGCCAGACUAUAACAAAAUUCAUUUUCCUGCUAACGAUGGACUGUCUUGGGAACAACUCCUUCCCGACGUGCUCCCCGAAGCCAGAGAUCUCGCCUCCAUGUGGCUCAGAUACGACUCAAGCCAGAGACUCCGUUGUCAUAAGGCUCUCGAGCACGAUUUGUUCCUCAGCGAGCCACUGCCAGCCUCGAAGAAAGACGUUCUCAAGCCGUCACCGAUUCUCGAUUGGCAGCCGCUCAGCAUCUUGCCGGACGAAGAGAAAAUCGACAAAAUCAUCCAGAUCUCAGAGGCUGAUGGCGGACGAACGGAAAUGAAACGGGAGCAUUAUUUCCGGGCCCGCUUUGGCACGCUGGACUUCGCAGGGCAUUCCGAAUCUGCUAGUCUCGUAAGGGUUCACCUGAACAUGCUCAGCGUAUGCUCCUUAUUCUUCACGCUGUCCUUUCCGCCGAAUCAUCGUUCCGGGGACGACUUUUGGACCCCUGUGAAAAUAUUGCGACUCCCGAUACCGCAAGCGCCGUAUAUCGAAGAGCUGAGACAGGCUCAGAUCAGACUCUCCGAGAGAUCGAGCAAGAGGAACGCAUCCGAGUCGGGCAGGAGAAGCACUCCUUAUCCCCGGGUGUCGAGAUAUACGGGUCGUGCCAAGGGUUCCCCUGCAGCAGAGCUCCCGGGUCUCGCUACAGGGCCGAAGUUCAAGCCCUUAGUGCAGAUCUCCACAUGGCAUGAGAGCCGGAGCACCGCCGUCGCCCCGAGACCCAUGCCGGACUUCAGAGGGAAUCGUCUGAGCGUGCAGAACGCAAUCGAUACCGCUUCGAAGCUACGGAUUCUCAGAUGGAUUCCCACCCUGCAAGCACAGUACUGCACUCGUCACCAGACAGCUUCUACAGAGAGUUUCGAUGAGCGGGAGGACGUUCAGAAAAAGGCUUUCGCCAAAUGGAUCAAUCAGAGGCUACUCCAAGGAGGACACGAACCCAUCAGAGAUCUAUUUUUGGACUUGCGGGACGGCACAAAGCUCCUCCUACUGCUCGAGGUUCUAUGCAGUCGUACACUUCCGAGGGAAAAAGGGCGGCUCCGUGUACAUCACAUGAACAAUGUCACCCGAGCUCUGCAAGUCCUGGGUUCACAGAACGUAAAACUCGUCAAUAUAUCAACGAACGAUAUCGUCGACGGGAACGUCAAGCUGACGCUCGGCUUAAUAUGGAGCAUCAUUCUCCACUGGCAAGCCCGAGAAGUUCUGCAAGCCAAUCGAUCCACGGGAGCUCAUACUUCUUUAGAGAGAACACUCCUUGCAUGGUGUCAAGAAGUUUGCGCGAACUAUACGCAAUAUGUGAACAUCUCGAACUUCACGACAUCGUGGCAAGACGGUUGGGCUUUCAACGCAGUCCUUCACUAUCACAAACCGGAGAUGUUCAACUUCGAAAACCUCGCUAAUCUUGACGACGAAGAGCGGCUGGAACAUGCUUUCGAGGUCGCGCAUACUUCCUUCGGCAUCGAUAAACUGUUGGAUCCUGAGGACAUGGCUGUACCGGACCGGAAAUCUGUGCUCAUGUACACCAUGUGUUUAUACCAAAGGCUGCAUAAUUUGGCUCCGGCAGGGGCGAGUGCGGAAAAAAUGGCCACACUGGAGAAAUUCAGAUCGAUGCUCGAAGAGGCUUUAGCGCGUCUCAUCGGCGCUGAAGCAAGACUCGAGGAAGCGCAAUCACCUUCACUGGAAGACGAUGUCGACAGUGUCAAACAGAUGUAUUACGACCACGAGGCUUUCAUGCAAGAAAUGAGCAACCAGCAGGAUAGCACAGUGGAGAUCCUGCAGCGAGCCAAGGCAUUCCUGAAAUCCCCUCAAGCCGCCCUCAAAGAGGAGGAAGCAAACGAUCUCAAGGCGGAGAUAAACGUCAUCAACGAUAAGCUGAAUAGCGUACGAGAGCAGAUCACGAGCCGCCAGACCAUGCUGUACAAAGUCCUCAUGCAACUUCAACAACAAGGGCUGAAACAGCUCCGGGAUUGGUUGACUCAACACGAAGACACUCUGAGCACCAUCGCACAGCCCGGGCCCGACUACGCCACAACAGUGCAGCAGAUCGACAUCCUCAGGAAAUUGCAAACAGAAAUCGAGGAACAGCAGGACUUGGUAAACUCGCUGACUGAGAUGAUCAUAAACGAAGACGACCCGGAUUUCGCAGAUCUCGAGGAUCAGCUUUCAGCGACCGGCGAGAGGUAUCUGAUGUUCACCCAACUGGUCGAGAGCAGCGGAGUGAAACUGCAUCAGAUGCACGCUGUUCUCAAUCUGAUGAUCUUCGAGGAGGAGUUCUUCUCAAAAUUCUUCCAGGAGAAGGACAAGAUCCUCUCUGACCUGGAGGACACACAGAACGAGGCCGAAGCUAUCAGCGGACUUCAGCAAAUCGCGGAAUGUCUGAAUUCGGAAAAUUCUCGACUGACUCAACUGUGCCGGCAGCUCCAGCUGACGGUCGAAAAACAAGACAAGGGAUGCGCCGCGCUUGUGGAGUUGACAAGAAAAUGUGACGCGAUCGUCACUCGUUGGGAUGCUCUGAUCGAGCGUGUUGACCAUUUGGCUAAAGAAGUGGCCUCACGGAACAAAGACAAAAAUUUGCUAUGGCUCAGGAAAUUACAGCUGUACAAGCUGAAGAAAGAGAAAAAUUGUUGAAUUCCUCAGGUCGAGGCUGGUGAACCAAGUGACGUGAAGAAACGCAAGGUCGACUACAAGCUCUCUCGCAAGAGCUCAUUCUCCGAACUCACCAAAGAAGUCUCAUCGGCAUUCCGGGUGAUAAAUCGUCUGGAGACGCUGGUGGGAAUUACGGAAGAAGGAGCCAAGGUCGGUCAUUUCUGGGAAGCCAUGGGUGCCGAAGAGCAGCUCCGUAAGCUCAAGGAAGCCGAGAAGAUUGUGAAAAACGCUCGUCUGGAAAUGACGGUCAACGAAGCCAGACUCGCGCUCGAACAACAUCUCGAAGGCCAAGUUGAGAGUGAAAGUAGCGACGCGCUCAGGAAAAAAUCUGACGAAUUGGAACGGCGGUGGUUGGCGGUGAAGAGCGUUCUGAAAUCUCACGGAGAACGCGCGGAGGCUCAAGUCGAAGUGGAGAAGCUACGCGAGGGCAUCGAUUCCUUGGUGAAGGAUAUUGAUUCCAAGCGCCGCUUCAUCGACGAAUGUGAUAAUCUAGUUGUGGAUGACGAUACCGAUGCGAGGAGCCGGGACGAAAGCAACAUCAAGCGUCAACUUCAAUCUUGCUCGAAUCGAUUGUCAACUGCGAACAAGCAGAAGGAACACGUUCAGCUAUUGGCACGCCGCGCCUCUGAGCUCCAGGAUCGUCUGCCGUCAUUGGCGAAUCAUCCGGUCCUCAAGCAGUUCCUCGAAAUUGUCCAAGAAUGGCACGAUACGCACCUGGAGUUGGAGGAGCUUGAGAGACAGCUUCAAUCGUCCCUGACGUCAGGCCCGCCGCCGAAGCUGGUGAAAAGUGUAUCGGUCCUGGAAAACUGGAUCAACAACGUGGAUCGAACCCUCCUCGGAGACUCGGUCGCCCUGACGUCACUGGACGUCAUGGAGGAACAGAUCAAGAAAUACACGGAUAUCCAGGAAUCGGUCAACAAAGAGGAGGGCACCCUCCACGAUUUGAACAAUACCGCCGAAGAUCUCUUACGCGCCGAACAGCAGCAACCAUGGGCAGACUCGUUCGAGCGCCAGCUCUCGAAGAUGAACAAAUGCUGGCACAACGUCAGCAACACGCUAGCCGAACGUAUUCGGACCCUGACCAAACAGAUCGACAUGUUGCGCUUAUUUCUCGAUGAAGUUGCUUCCAUCAACGCCUGGAUGGACUGCGUCGGAGAGUUCGUUGAGGACCGCGAUAAGCGAUGGAGUAUGAUCGACCUCGACCAGCUGGAGGCGCUCCUAGACAAAGCCCAGACCCUCCGGAGCGACAUGGCCGGACUCCAACCAAAUGUGGACAACAUCAACUACAUUGCCGAGGAGAUGAUGAAGCAAGCCGAGCCGCAGUACGCGGCAGAGCUGCGGAAAUCCGUCGUAGCCUUCAACCAACGGUGGGAUAAACUUUCGGCGGACACCGCGAGCAACACAAACGAUCUCAAAGAUGCCAUCCAUACAAGCAAUUCUCUCACCGAGGAAGUGAGGAAUCUGAAUCGAUGGAUUGGAGACUUCGAAAAGGAGACUUUUCUGACGACACCGAUGGAGCUGGGCGUCGACGUGCAAGCCAGACUCAAAUACCUGCAAGGGCAACGGGAAAAGAAGAAGAAUAAAGAGAAGGCUCUCGAGAAGGUCGAGCGUCAAUACAAACAGAUGGUGGAAGCGAAUAGGGUGGAAAACGUGGAAGAUCUCAAAGAAGACUUAGACUUCGUUAAGGUUACGUGGAAGGAGCUCGACGCCAGAAUCGACGCCACAGAGGAGGGUCUGAGAGGAGCUCUACCCAAGUUAGCGCAGUUCAAAAAUUUAAUCGUUAUGGAAACGGAAUGGCUGAACAAACUUGAGAAGCAGAUGAAGAAAUCCCCGCAGAGUGCCGUAGAUGCCGAAGAGGCGGCUGGUCUCCUGGAUGAUCUGGAGCUCUUCAUGAAAAGUGGAAAACCCGAACGCAUCCGAGAGAUUCGUCAUAUCCGAGAUGAGCUCCUCACCUUGAGAGUGAUGACGGAAUAUGUGACGACGGAGGCUGAUCGUGUGCUCGGCAGAAGCGCCGAGCUGUGCAAGCACGCGAACGAUGGCAUUGAAUUCCUGGAGCGAUGGAUCAAAGAAGCGCAGGAGACCGACGAGAAGAUCCUCAUGCUGAAAAACAGUAUCGCGAAGAGCGAGGAAACCCUCAAGAAAGAUAUUCCGAAAGGGAAAAUGGAGCACGAGUGGGAGGAAAUGUCGAGAGCGAAAGAAGACAUCGACAUGCUACUCAAUCGAUCCCAGGAAUACACCAAAGACGGUCGAGUCGACGCCGGCAAGAGAAUCGCCGAACGACUUGAGAUCUUCGCUAAGAAGCAUGCAGCCAUCGUGAAGAAACUGCGUGCUGGCUUAAUCCCGGCAGAUUUCGAGGACAAUCUGACCAAAACCGAGGCUUCGCUGAACACCGUCGAAGCCUCCGCGAAACUUCUGGGUUUGAGCUCAUACAAGCCGCUUGAUAUUCAGGCAGAGCAGCAGAAGUGCCUGGAAAUCUACACUGUUCUCAGCGGGAUGAAACCAGACAUGGAAGCAACGAUAAAAAACGGACGAACCUACGCAGUGUACUACGAGAACCCGUCAGAAGUAAAUCGACGCUUGGAUGAGGUCAAAGGGAGGUUCAACGUUGCGGUGGAGAACGUUGCCUCUGCGAACACCAUUCUUGAGGAAGCCGUGGAGCUCUCCAAGAACGUCGAAUCGUUGUACAGCGCGUUGGCGCCCUGGCUGGACACAGUGAGGACGGAUCUGUUCGAAACCGAGUACAUCGAGCAAAUUCAAACGGAGCUCGCGCCGCGGAAAAACAUGUUCUUGAAAUUAUUCGAGAGCGCAGACCGUCUCAACGCUUUAUCGAAAGCAGACCUCGGACUUCUCAAGCAAGUUAUCCAGCCCGUCAAAGACAAGUUCCUACAGGUUGAGAGGAUGUUCGCUCCGGAAAAGCGACCGGAAGUGAGAAUAAUGCUGGAUAGCUUCAACACUCGAUGCACGAGAGUGAAAACCUGGCUCGAAGGAGCAGAACUUUAUUUUGAGGCCAAAGAAGAGUAUACAGCAUCGCCUGUCGGCAAAAAAAGACUCCAAAGUCUGCUGACGGAAAUCAGCGAUUACAAUGAGGUUGUGAGAAAGCUCCGUGAAGAAGCUAAGCAGCUCAUGGAGGCUGAUGAGCGAUAUUCCCUCAUUGUCCAACCCCAGACGUUGAAAUUGAGCGAGCGGUGGAAUGCCAUUGUGGACAAGCUACAGGAAAAAGCGGGCAACCCCGAUAGCUUGAUCGUGGAGCUCAACGCGUUCCUCGAGCGAAUGGAGGCUAUCGAGAGGAGGGUCAAUGAGUUCUGUCUCAUUCAGACUGAAACGGAUGUGCUCGAGGAAUGCGCCAAUCUCUCCCAAAAUCUUGCCGAAGAAUCGAAGGUCUUGAACGCUGCCGUCGAAGAUCUGGAUAGACGAGUGGAAACCACGGCUGUUUUCCAAGACGAAUGGCCGCAGGUUUGUGAGCGAUGGACCAGGUGUAAGAAACAAAUCGAAUCCACUCAGAAGAGAAUAUCAACGGCCCAGGAAAAAUGGAAAGAUUUCGACGCGGAUGUGAGUCGGGAAGAGGACGAUGUGAGAGGUUUAGCCGGACAGCUAGAGCAAGCUUUAAUGAACUUGAAGAACGGUGUAAAAGACAAUACGUUGGAGAUCGCCGCGUCGGUUGGCGAGAGUAUCAACGCCGUCAAGAAAAAAGCACAGGAACUCCAAGAUCUCGGAAUCCCGUCUUCAACCAUCCGUAAAAGGCUGCACGAUCUGACUCAGGUCUGGGUCGACGCCCAGAAACAGAUUGUGGAGUUGAAAAAUCUGCGAAGAAUAUCGUCGUCACAUACGGACAUUCGUUCCGUUCGAGAAGAGGACACCGGGAAGUACUCGACACCUCGACGAUUGGACAGCGCCUACAGCUCACCUACGUCUACCCUCCCUGAAUACCUCGAGAAGGUGUCGUCCCUGCGGUACACGUUGACCUCUUUCCAGAGAAUGUUGGGAGAUGAAAACUUCUCCGAGUUCGGCCAGGCCCAGAAGGAGCUGCUCCAGACCAUCAAAGAGUCAAUCGAAUCUUUGAGGAGUCCGAUCGACCAAGUAAAACUCGAGCACAAAACAGUGCACGCGUCCAACGCGCAGGAAACGUCGGAGUUGAACGAAGCUGUCGAUGCCCUCUCGGAGCAAUGGAGCAAAUUGAAGACUUCGUUCACGAGCGUCAACGAUCGCUGGGUAAAGAGCAAGGAGCUCUGGCAGAGUUUCAACUCAUUCUACAAGGCUUUCACGCAUUGGCUGGAUUCGAUGGAGACCCACAUGCGAGAGUCGACCGAGAAAGGCGAGCUCCAGCUCGCACUCCUCAAAAAACGCGUCCCGGACUACGAGUCGCAAGCGGCCGAGCAUCUCCCGAUCUACGAUCGUACGAAGCAUAUCGGACGCAGUCUCCUCACUCAAUGUGGGACUUCGGAUGUAUCGUCGCUAGCUUCGAAGCUGGAUUCGAUAGAGAAGCGAUGGAAAAGCCUCCUCCUAGAACUCCAAAAGAGUAAAACGAGCGAGAAAAAAUCGAGAACGGGUGAACAGCUGCGAGACGACAUGCUACAACUUCGCGCCUGGUUCAUGGAAGCCGAGACCCUUCUCACGAUAAACCCCCCGCCCAAAAAUAUACAGGAAGGAUUCGAGAAACUGGAGAACGUCAAACGUUGCGAAAACGAAAUGGUCUCCAAGAGAACGUGCUUCUUCAGCGUGUUGCUGAGCUCAGCACCUCAGAAAAUCGACAUCGAUUCUCUGGGCGACAAAUUCUCGAAUCUGUGUCUACAACUCACCGAUUUCAGGGAAAAACUGGAGGACUAUUUGCGACGGUUGGAUGUGCUCAUGGGAGACAUCCGAAAACAAGACAAUAAACUGAACGCAUCGCUCCUGGUUGCCGAAUCCCUAGUCGCCCGGAACCUUCUGAGUCGUUCGAACUCGUUCAUUUGCCGAGACUUUCCGAGGCGCGGGCAGGAGUCUGGCCGGAUGUCAUUGAGGACGCCACGGACAUCAACGCCAAAGGGUUGGAGGGGCUUGACGGGGUCUGCGCGGGGCUCGUCGAGUUCUCCGAAGACGGAACUCGCGACGUCCUCGCCGAGCAAGGCCGACUCGCCGACCGCGCACGGUGGCGCAGAGAGCCUGAACGAACGCGUGAUGGUUGAACAUUCUCGCACGAUGCGCCAACUUCAGAAGAAGGUCCAGCAGCUGGAAAAAGUGUUCCCUUUGCUUCCCGAGUGCAAGACUGAGUUCGGCCGAUGUGCCUCGACGUGGAGGAAACUGUGUGCCUACGCUGCCAGGUGUGGCCCUCCCCUCGCCUUGCUCGUUUUAGAAUGCUCCCACUACGCCGGGGAACUUUUCCCGAGGAGGAAGCUCUUGAAAGGAAUUUCAAAUGUGAAACUGCAUCCAGGUGACGUACUGCCGCAAAUUGAAGGGAGCAUGGGUAUGAGUGAGUUGUCCGACGGUGUCCUGGAAAUCGAGUCGUGGGUCGCUCGAGGGAAGUCGACGCUCGAGGGAGUGGUUGUCGACUACGGCGUGGAAGAGAGUGUCCAGCAGGCUCUGGAAACGUACAAGACGUUAUUGUCUGAGCAUGAGGCCCGGAGCGAGACCCUGCGCCAUCUUAACACAGCUCUCGAGUAUCUGAGUGAAGAGACUGACGGUGGCCUCGAAGGCGAGGAAACCUCCAAGGAGCACAGAGAGGCCCUUCUCGGGCUUCGCAAGAAAGCUGCCGACCUGCAAUCGAAUUUGGACGAGCUGGAGUACGAGGCCAUGCAGCGACGUCGGCAGCUCGAUACGCUCGUGGCCGACGGCGGGCGAGGUUUUGAAGAACGCCGACGAGAACUCGAGCAAUGGCUCGCUCGGAUGGAGAGCCGGAUGGAGCGACAGCCACUCGUCGGGAAGACACUCGAUGUUCUCGAAACUCAGCUGAGAGAUCAUCGGGUAAUGCACGCAGAGAUGGGCCAAUGGAAAGGAGCGUUGGACUCGGUGUGUCGCAUGGGUCAGAGAUUGGCAUCGGAACUCGAGGCAGCUCAGAUUAACCAGGGACCGCACACAGGAAGCCUCCCCCACAAUCCCCAUGGACAUCAUAUGACGCCCGAAGACAUCCACGUCGUUGUCGACAGAAUCAACCAGCGCUUCCAAGCUCUCAGUGCGGGAAUGCAAUCGCGAGGUGGCGAACUUCAGAGCGCCCUCAACUCGCUAGCACAACUCGAACGAGCUGUAGAGCACUUCGUCGAGUGGCAAUGCGACGCUGAGUCCGCUCUCGAAGUCAUCGAAGACGAUGCUCGGAGACUUCCACCCAGAGAGGACGUGCAGAGACAACUACUGCAACGGAUAAAGGAGUUGCAACGAGAAAUCGAUACUCAACGAGACCUCCACUUGACCAUAAGCGAUCGAAGUCAAAGCCUCAUCCAUGGGGUCCAUGCCCCAUCCGAAGAAGCUCUGCACAUCAAAGCGAGAGUCGAUGAAAUGAACGCGCGAUGGGAUAACCUCCGACUGAGGAUUGUUUCUCUGCGGACGCGUUUGGAAAGCGGGGCCGACCAUUGGCAGCAACUUAUGCUCUCGCUAAGAGAACUUGUCGAGUGGGUGGUCAAGAAAGAAACGGAGCUCGGUGCCCAGCCUCAGAUCGGCGGCGAUGUGGCGACCAUCAUGCGUCAACAAGACGACCACCGAAAUUUCCGAGUGCAGUUGGACGAUAAGCGACCGAUCGUCGAGAGCGCUUUGUUGGCAGGGAGGAAUUUCUUGCAAAGGGAAGGAAAUUCAGAGAUGACACCGCCAGAACAGUUCGAGCGACGAGCCAGCAACGGAGGAGCUCGUGUAGGCGGUCCCACCGGUCCUAAUGGUCUGGCCCCCGGAGGGAACGCGGAUGAAGACAAGCGAGAACUCGUGAGGUCUAUCCGGAGAGAUGUGACAAAGCUGACCGAAAAGUGGGACAUCCUCGUCGCCCACACCGACCAGAGGCACAAGCGCCUCGACGACGUGCUCAAUAAAAUGCAAGCCUUACAACGGGCUCUUGAUGAGUUGGGAGGCCGGUUACAAACAGCCGAAAGUGCCAAGCAAAACUGGCCGAGCGUCCAGGAUUUCACCAUGGACCAGCUCGCGCAGCAAAUCGACGACCUCAAGGACUUCCGUGAUCGAGUCGCACCAAUGCAGGUGGCCGUAGACGGUGUAAACGAGGCUGCGGCAGCAAUAACCGCCUGCGGAGUGGUCCUCUCUCAACAUAAUCUUUCAAGGUUGGAGGACCUGAACAGCCGCUGGAGGAUACUGCAGCUCGCGCUUGAAGAGAGACGAAAGCAGUUGGAACAUGCUCUCCACGACCAGGGCGCAAGUCAACAAGGUUUCCUCAAUGCGUCGGUCGAUCCCCCCUGGGAGCGAGCAGUUUCCGGCAAUAAGGUGCCUUAUUACAUCAACCACCGGGCCGGUACGACACAUUGGGACCAUCCGAAGAUGCUCGAUUUGAUGGACGCUCUCACGUCAUACAACACUGUCCGCUUCGCAGCUUAUCGAACAGCGAUGAAAAUCCGUCAUCUCCAAAGAUCACUAUCGCUGGACUACGUGUCCAUGAACGUAGCGAUCUCAGCAUUCGAACAACACGGUCUGCGUGCCCAAAACGACAAAGUCAUCGGGGUAAACGAAAUGGUACAAUGUUUGGCGGCAGUAUUUGAAGGGGUAACGCGUGAAAGUGGAGAACAAUUCCGAAUCCCAUUGUGUGUCGACAUGUGUCUCAAUUUCCUACUCAAUCUUUACGAUACAGCCACUCGUACCGGGCACAUACGUGUGCUUUCAUUCAAAGUGGGCAUAAUCCUGCUAUGCAGGGCCAACCUAGAGGAUAAGUUUAAGUACCUCUUCCGUUUGAUUGCGGACGUGAACGGCUAUGCGGAUGAGAGGAAGUUGGGACUGUUGCUGCACGACUGCGUCCAGAUCCCGCGCCUACUUGGCGAGGUCGCCGCGUUCGGAGGUUCAAACAUUGAGCCUUCGGUGCGUUCUUGCUUCGAGCGUGCAGGACCAGGUCGCCGAGAACUCAACGUCCAGUCGUUCCUCUAUUGGUUCCUCCAAGAACCCCAGUCAUUGGUGUGGCUUCCCGUAAUGCACCGACUGGCCGCGGCGGAGGCCGCCAGACAUCAAGCCAAAUGCUACAUCUGCAAGCAGUAUCCCAUCGUAGGCUUCAGAUACCGAUGCCUUAAAUGCUUCAAUACAGAUUUGUGCCAGAAUUGUUUCUUCUCUGGACGGAGAGAGAAGGGACACAAGCUCAGCCAUCCCAUGCAAGAGUAUUGCAUGACUACAACAUCCGGUGAGGAUGUUCGCGACUUUACAAAGAUUAUGAAGAACAAGUUCAAAUCGAAGCGCUACUUCAAAAAGCACCCGCGUUUGGGCUACCUUCCGGUCCAGACGGUGCUCGAGGGAGAUGACCUGGAAAGCCCUGUACCGCGUUCACCGCCGACGUUGCAUCCUUCCGACCUACAGACGAGAAUGGAGCACUACGCAAAUAAGCUGGCGCAAGUUCAGCUCAGACCCAGAACCAACUCCACUCCUGAAUCUGGUUCUGAGGACGAACACCAGUUGAUCAAUACGUACUGUGCUGCGAUGAAUGGAGACGCUCAAGGCCUGGCUACGAACGGUUCGCUAAACGCAGGCCUUGGCGUCUCUCCCAUCCCUCCAUUGAGUUCAAUGGGUGUAAGCGUUGCCGGGGCUGGACCAGCUACGAUGGCAGCGCCUUCAAGCGCACUUCUAGUACCUCCUGGAUCUUCAAUGUUCCUACAGCCCCGCAGUCCUGCUCAAAUUCUCACUCGGAUAGGUUCAGACCAAAAAGACGAACUCGAGAUGAUGAUCCAGGAACUCGAGCACGAGAACAGGCAACUUCAGGCCGAAUAUGAGCGCUUGCAGGAUAUGCGAGCGAGCGAAGGAUUCUCGCCGACUACUCCGUCGAUAUUGGACGGAGACGGCUUGACGCCUCGCGACGAAGAAAUGCUGCACGAGGCCAAAUUAUUGAGAGAACAUAAGGGCCGCCUCGAAGCGCGAAUGCGAAUCCUAGAAGAUCACAACCAGCAGUUGGAAACGCAGCUCUUGCGAUUACGGCAACUUGUCGACGAAGAGCGGGAGGGCUCCCCGGUCAUCACUCCCGCACUCGCCAGGGACCCGGAGUACGGGCCUGUCAUCCUCAACGGGACACGGCCCCCUUCGGUGUUGAGUGGUCAUUUAGUGGGUGCUUGUGGAUCUGCACUUCAAAUGGGAAAUCUCCUCAGCAUGGCUGGAAACAUCGGACGUGCUGUGGAAUCGUUCCAUCCCGAACUUUUCCAAGACGACGAAGAGCUCUCGGAUGGAGAAAUCGUCGAUAGCUCAUUCCGUAAUCACCAUCGCCAUCAUCUAACGGCAGGAAUCGAAUAA